AUGGCGGCUGCUGUUCCUGAAGCGCCGUAUUCAUUGGAUGACUUUUUGAAACUCGAAAAAAUUGGAGAAGGAACUUAUGGAGUUGUGUACAAAGGACGAAACAAGCGUACAAAUGCAAUGGUUGCAAUGAAGAAAAUUCGUCUUGAAAGCGAAGAUGAAGGUGUUCCUUCAACAGCAGUUCGAGAGAUUUCACUUCUCAAAGAAUUACAACAUCCAAAUGUUGUCGGAUUGGAAGCUGUUAUCAUGCAAGAAAACAGAUUGUAUUUGAUCUUCGAAUUCCUUUCAUCAGAUCUCAAAAGAUAUAUGGAUCAAUUGAAAAAAGACGAAUAUCUUGAUAGAGCAACAGUUCAAAGUUACAUGUUCCAGGUAAUUAUAGAAUGCUCUUGAUCUCAAAAGCAUAAAAACACUCUGAUUUUUAGAUUCUUCAAGCAAUGUGUUUCUGCCACCAACGCCGUGUUAUUCAUCGCGAUCUCAAACCACAAAAUUUGUUGGUCGAUGCAAAAGGUUCGAUCAAAUUGGCUGAUUUCGGUUUGGCUCGUGCAAUUGGAAUUCCAAUAAGAGUUUAUACUCAUGAAGUUGUUACUUUGUGGUAUCGCGCACCUGAAAUAUUACUCGGAGCUCAAAGAUAUUCAAUGGGUGUUGAUAUGUGGUCGAUUGGUUGCAUAUUUGCUGAAAUGAUCACAAAGAAACCACUUUUCCAAGGAGAUUCUGAGAUCGAUGAAUUGUUCAGAAUUUUCAGGUAAAUAUUUAGAAUACAACAUUCGCUAUUCUUAAUUCUAACUUUUUUUCAGAAUUCUUGGAACACCAACAGAACUCGAAUGGAAUGGUGUUGAAUCAUUGCCAGAUUAUAAAAUGACUUUCCCCAGAUGGCGUGAAAAUUAUUUGCGUGACAAAUUCAUCGACAAGAAGACGAAUUCAACAAUGAUUGAUGAUCAGGCAUUCGAUUUGUUACAGGUUUGUUUACUGAUCAGAGAUAUCACGAAAUUGUUGCGAGAUGUUUUUUUUCAUUAAAAUAAGAAAAACAACAGAUCAUAUGCCAACACCCCGAGAUAAUAUUGUUGAUAUCAAAAACCUAAAAAUAAAACUAAUUGUUUUUGUUUUGUUCAGGGAUUGCUGAUCUACGAUCCAAAACUCCGAAUUUCGGCCAAAAAAGCAUUGAUUCACCCAUAUUUCGAUGACAUCGACACAACAAGUUUGCCAGCUGGUGAUUUCCGAGGAGAAUUACAACUCAAUUAA